CGACCUGUUAUGGCCACCACUACUUCCGGGUUCCAGCAUUCUGGUCCAAAUCCACCUCUCCGCCUGUGCAACACACACUUUACACACGCACGGGGAACUGGCAGCAGGCAGCAUCGAUCGUGGCUCCUUUAAGACAAACUCAGACAGACAUUUUUUUAACCCUCUUCCUCUAGCCUCUCCAGUUGCAGCACUUGCAAAGGGGGGAGAGAGAGCGGGAGCGAGAGCUGAUUAGGAAUUAGGACUGAUUCAAGGGGAAAAAAAGCCAGCGCUUUAGACCUUUAUGCAUUUGAAUAUUAACAUUUGAGGUGUCCUGACCAGUGGAAGCACACACAGCGGAUCGUCAUCAUUCAUUCACCACCUUGACAACCUCGCCUUUGAUUGACAGCUGGAGUGGCAAAAAGCCAUGAGACUUGGUAGUUGGGUUUGAGGGGCACUUUUAAAAAAAAAAAACUGAUUUGGGGAAAGGAUAUUUGCUUUCUCCCCGCUGCUGUCUUGGAAACGAGAGGGCGAGAGUGAGAGAGAGAGAGAGAGAGAGAGAAAGAAAGAAAGAAAGAGAAGGAGGGAGAGUUUGGUUUUUUUAUAUAUUUUUUAUUUUAUUUUUUUAAUGCUGAAUUAUUGUAUCGCUUCUCUGAGAUCCAGCAAGCUGAAGAUUUUACUCCAUUGCUCCCAUUGCUGGCGACGCUAAGGGAUUUUGGCAAAUUUUUUGGGUGGGGGGGGAGUUUGCGUUUGUUUCUUUUCACACUGGCCUUAAAGAGGAUAUAUUAGAAGUUGAAGUAGGAAGGGAGCGAGCCAGGCCGAUGGCGCAAAGGUACGACGAUAUACCCCAUUACGGUGGGAUGGAUGGAGUAGGGAUCCCCACCACCAUGUAUGGGGAUCCUCAUGCCGCGAGGUCAAUGCAGCCUGUUCACCAUCUGAAUCACGGGCCUCCGCUGCACUCUCAUCAAUACCCGCACACAGCUCACACCAACGCCAUGCCCCCCAGCAUGGGCUCCUCUGUCAAUGACGCUUUAAAGAGAGAUAAAGAUGCCAUUUAUGGACACCCCCUGUUCCCUCUUUUAGCACUGAUUUUUGAGAAAUGUGAAUUAGCUACAUGCACUCCCCGGGAGCCCGGGGUAGCGGGAGGCGAUGUCUGCUCCUCAGAGUCUUUCAACGAAGACAUAGCAGUGUUCGCCAAACAGAUCCGAGCAGAGAAACCCCUCUUUUCCUCUAAUCCUGAACUGGAUAACUUGAUGAUUCAAGCCAUACAAGUAUUAAGGUUUCAUCUGUUGGAAUUAGAGAAGGUACACGAAUUAUGUGACAAUUUCUGCCACCGGUAUAUUAGCUGUUUGAAAGGAAAAAUGCCUAUCGAUUUGGUGAUAGACGAUAGAGAAGGCGGAUCAAAAUCAGACAGUGAAGACAUAACAAGAUCAGCAAAUCUAACAGAUCAGCCUUCCUGGAACAGAGAUCAUGAUGACACAGCAUCAACACGUUCUGGAGGAACACCAGGGCCCUCCAGUGGGGGGCAUACAUCACACAGUGGGGACAACAGUAGUGAACAAGGUGACGGCUUGGACAACAGUGUAGCUUCCCCCAGCACAGGUGAUGAUGAUGAUCCAGAUAAGGACAAAAAGCGACAUAAAAAGCGUGGCAUCUUUCCCAAAGUAGCCACAAAUAUCAUGAGGGCAUGGCUGUUCCAGCAUCUCACACACCCGUAUCCUUCAGAAGAACAGAAAAAACAGUUGGCACAAGACACAGGGCUCACUAUACUUCAAGUGAACAAUUGGUUUAUUAAUGCUAGAAGAAGAAUAGUUCAGCCUAUGAUAGACCAGUCCAAUCGAGCAGUAAGCCAAGGAACACCUUAUAACCCAGAUGGACAGCCAAUGGGAGGCUUUGUGAUGGAUGGGCAGCAGCACAUGGGAAUCAGAGCGCCAGGGCUGCAAAGUAUGCCAGGGGAUUAUGUGUCUCGGGGUAGCCCAAUGGGUAUGAAUAUGGGACAGCCAAGUUAUACCCCACCCCAGAUGCCCCCACAUCCUGCUCAGCUGCGUCAUGGGCCCCCCAUGCAUACCUACAUUCCUGGACACCCUCACCACCCAGCAAUGAUGAUGCAUGGAGGACCCCCCCACCCUGGAAUGCCAAUGUCAGCAUCUAGCCCCACAAUGCUUAACACAGGAGACCCAGCAAUGAGUGGACAAGUGAUGGACAUUCAUGCUCAGUAGCUUAAGGGAAUAUGCAUUGUCUGCAACAAUGACAGAUUUCAAAUAUUGUCUCUCUGCAAUGACUAUGGAGUUCCACUCUUGGCAUCUGCUUUGGACCAAGGAACAAUCCUAUUCUUCACAGGGACCCUGAAAAGCAGGAAACACCAACCGAAGUCAACUUCUGGGGACAUGCUAAAUAACUGUAUAAGACAUUAAGAGAACAAAGAGUGAAAUAUUGUAAAAUGCUAUUAUACUGUUAUCCAUAUUACGUUGUUUCUUAUAGAUUUUUUUAAAAAAAAUGUGAAAUUUUUCCACACUAUGUGUGUUGUUUCCAUAGCUCUUCACUUCCUCCAGAAGCCUCCUUACGUUAAAAAGCCUUACAGUUAUCCUGCAAAUGACAGAAAGGGCUUAUUUGCAGGAUUUUUAGAGCAUUAAAAUAACUAUGUCAGGCAGAAGAAUCUUUCUUCUAUCUUAGGAUUUCAGCCAUGCACACUCUCUCUCUCUCUCUCCCUUUCUCUCUCUGUCUCUCGCUCUGUCUCUCUCUUUCUAGCCUGGGGCGUGAAUUUGCAUGUCUAAUUCAUUUACUCACCAUAUUUGAAUUGGCCUGAACAGAUGUAAAUCGGGAAGGAUGGGAAAAACUGCAGUCAUCAACAAUGAUUAAUCAGCUGUUGCAGGCAGUGUCUUAAGGAGACUGGUAGGAGGAGGCAUGGAAACCAAAAGGCAGUGUAUUUGAAGCCUAAUUGUCACAUCAGAGCAUCAUUGUCCCCAUGCAGCAACAACCACCUUAUACAUCACUUCCUGUUUUAUGCAGCUCAAAACAUGAACUGAAGAUUUAUUUUUAAUAUGUUGACUUUAUUUCUGGGCAAAGCAUCAGUCGUGUGCAUUUUCCCAUAGUCCCAUCAUGGAGCAUUUAUGUAUACAUUGUAAAUAAAUUUUGUGCAAAAAGGACUGGAAAAAUGAUCUGUAUUAUUGCAAUUUUUUGUAAAAGUAGCAGUUUGGUAUGAGUUGGCAUGCAUACAGAUUUACUAAGUGGGAUAAGCUAAUUAUACUUUUGUUGUGGUUAAAACAAAUGCUUGUUGAUAGCCUUUUUCUAUCAAGAAACCAAGGAGCUAAUUAUUAUUAAUAAUAAUCAUUGCACACUGAGUCUUAGAGUUUCUGAUUUGAAACAGUUUGGAUUGUAUAAUAACUCAAAGCCCAGCUGUAGUAGUUUGAGUGCAGUAAUGAGAUCUGAAUCUAAAAUAAAAACAAAUUAUUUUUUGUCA